AAUUCAUAUCUGGAACAUGACAGGUAACCCAUGAUAACAAAACUAAAUCUUAUACUUAAUAAAUUUUAAACACUCUUGAUUACCUUGACUAUUUUAAGUGACAAUAGCUUAAAACUUGAAGAGCAGUUAAAACUGAAGAAUCUUGUUAUUUGGUUGUUCUGAAACAUUAUCACUGAAAUCUGAUUUAUUUUGAUAAAAUUACGAAACAUUCGUAAGCGUAAUCUGUGAUUGCUUAGGAUUAAUUAUCAUGUGAGGGGAGGUUUCUAUUCACUUGAAGGCUAAUAAUAUAGUGAUAGAAAUGAAUUGGAAACUAUUAAAUAUCAUCCUUGUUGGAUUCGCUUUCAUGCUGCUUUUCACAGCAUUUCAAACAAGUUCUAUGGUGCAGGAAAGCGUCAUUGAAGGAGCCGUUAGACAGAGUAAUGGUACAUUCAAAGGAAAAGGUUAUACAAGUUUAGCUGUAAUCUAUGCCGUCUUUGCAACUUUCAACUGGGCAGCCCCAUCAAUUGUUGCUCUACUUGGGCCAACUGUAUCAAUGUUAUCGGGUGGGAUAACCUAUGCAUUAUUUAUUGCAACUUUUUUAAAACCAAUGACAUGGGCCUUCUAUACUGGAUCAGUCCUUGUUGGUAUUGGAGCUGCCAUAAUUUGGACAGGUCAGGGGAAUUUUCAAACUAUAAAUUCAGACGAUUCGACAGUUGGAAGGAAUGGAGGAAUAUUUUGGGCAUUGAUGCAAUGCAGUCUUUUAUUUGGCAAUUUAUAUGUAUAUUUUCAAUUUAGAGGGAAAACAACAAUAUCAGGUUCAGAUCGUGUGAAACUCUAUGGAGUUUUAACUGCAACUGCUCUCGUUGGCCUGGGCCUUAUGGUUGUAAUAAUUGUUCUCAAUGUUAUUUUGAAAAGAAGAAGGGCAGAGAGUUUUGAAGAUUCAGAAUCUGAAACACCUGCUACUCCAAUUCAGGCUUUUCUUAACUCAAUAAAAUUGCUAAAAACUAAACAAAUGCUACUCUUAUGCGUCUCAUUUGCAUAUACUGGAUUCGAAUUAACUUUCUUUAGCGGUGUCUACGGAACAGCUGUUGGCCAUAAUCAACAUUUUGGAAGUGAUGGAAAGUCCUUAAUAGGACUUUGCGGUAUAUUUAUCGGCGUUGGAGAAAUUUUUGGUGGAGGAAUAUUUGGAAUUCUUGGAUCAACAACGAGAAAGUAUGGAAGAGAUCCCAUAAUUCUUUUUGGAUAUAUUUGCCAUAUGGUGACAUUCUUUCUAAUAUUUCUUAAUCAACCGUUCAAUUCUCCCAUAACUGAUACGAGCGAUCCAACCUACAUAAAACCAAACAAAAUUUUAGCUGUUGCUUGCGCAUUUCUCUUAGGAUUGGGAGAUAGUAGUUUCAAUACUCAGAUUUACUCCAUUUUGGGAUCUCUAUACAGCGAACAAAGUGCUCCCGCAUUUGCUCUCUUUAAGUUUUUUCAAUCUGCUACUGCUGCAGCAGCAUUCUUCUACAGCAACGUCCUUGAAUUGCAUUGGCAAUUACUGAUUUUGGUUGUUACUGGAACAUGUGGAACUAUUAGUUUUUUCAUCGUCGAACAAAAGCGUGAUUCAAGGGGUUGCUAUCAAUUAAUACGAGAGGACGACGAUGAGCCUGAGGUAAUACGUCCAAGCAUAGAGGCAUAA